GCUGCCCUGCCUUCUGGAAAGCGUGAGAGGAGCGAGCACACACGCCUCCCUCUCCUCCUCGUCAAAUGAGAAGAGAACAGAUGGUCGGGUAAAAGUGGAGAAGUAGGGGCGUGAAGAAUGAAGGAAGGGGCAGAACACACCCCUCAAGUCAUCUCGAUGUGGCUGAUAAUGAGAGCGUCUGUUCAUACAUGUUCCUUCACCUGGAGGAAUCACCAUUUACAUCACAAGAAAAGAAAGUGGUGGCAAAGACAGCUGCUAUAACAUGAUGCAGUGUGUGGCUGCUGGGCAUCACAUUGUAGCUCUGGCCAACCUUCGCCCUGCCCACAAAGAUGAGCUGGACAGUUACAUGUACCAAACGGUGGGCCACCAGGCCAUCGAGCUGUUCGCCGAAGCCAUGGAUUUGCCGCUUUACCGACGCACCAUCCAGGGCUCGAGCUUGGACACCAGCAGAGAUUAUCGGGAGACCGAGGGAGACGAGGUGGAGGAUCUUUAUCAGCUUCUGCGCCUUGUCAAGGAAAAGGAGGGUGUCGACGCUGUGUCGGCGGGGGCCAUUCUUUCUGAUUACCAGCGGGUCCGUGUUGAAAACGUGUGUUUGCGUCUUGGUUUGCACCCGCUGGCCUACCUGUGGCGCCGAGACCAGGAGUCGCUCCUCUCGGAGAUGAUAUCAUCUGACGUCCACGCCAUACUCAUCAAAGUCGCCGCCUUCGGCCUGGAUCCUGACAAGCACCUGGGAAAGUCUCUGGCUGACAUGGCGCCCUACCUCAAACAGCUCUCCCAGAAGUACGGUGUCCAUAUUUGUGGAGAAGGAGGAGAAUAUGAAACUUUAACUCUCGAUUGCCCCCUCUUCAAAAAGAAGCUCGUCAUCGAUGCCUCUGAGACAGUGAUCCACUCCGCAGAUGCGUUCGCUCCGGUCGGCUACCUGCGAUUCAGCGCCAUGCACGCGGAAAUGAAAGCCACCGAUGCGGCGGCGCGCGAUGUGGCCCGCGCUCGUUGUCCUUGCCAGCGCGCCAUUGACAAGAUGACGGAGGAGGCGAAAUAUGCUGAUGGAGCCGGAGACGACCACCGUCACCGGCGACAAUUUACAUCAGACGCUGACCUUAGUUGUCAGCCGGGCCACGUGCUCCCCACAGAUGUGCCUCCAUCCUGCUCUUCCAGAACUUCACAAGGAUAUCAGUGGAUUUCUGGCAUCCACGGGCUGCAGAGCCAAGACACCGGGAUCCGCGCACAGACUGCGGCAGCUUUCGCAUGCUUGCAAAGUGAGCUGGACAACAGAGGCUGGAACAUGAAGGACAUUGUCCUUGUUCACCUGUAUGUCAGCAGCAUGGAGGACUUUGGUCCACUCAACACGGUCUAUCAGAACCACUUCACCACGAGCCCUCCUGCCAGGGUGUGUGUCCAGGCCUCGCUGCCCACCGGCCAGCUUCUGCAGAUGGACUGUCUCCUGCACAAGCGGACCGAGCCGGCCGCAGAGGACCGCUUUCAUCGGAGAGAAGCGCUGCACGUGCAGAGUCUUUCUCACUGGGCCCCGGCCAACAUCGGGCCCUACAGCCAAGCCCUCAGGGUCGACGAUGCAGUGUUUUGCGCAGGCCAGAUUGCACUGGUCCCUUGUACCCUGCAGCUGGUGAAGGCGGGCACCCGCACGCAGGCCAUCCUGUCUUUCAGCCACACCCAGAAGGUUCUGGAGGCAGCGAUCGGCAGCUUGACUCUGGCCCACGUGGUCCAGGCCCACUGCUACGCCACCAGAUUCCAGGACGUCGCCGUUAUCCAGGCUGCGUGGGAAAGCGUGCUUGAGGUGACUGACGAAGACCAGGAUCUACUUGUUGGGCCUGACGGCAACCCUCCUCCAUCAUUAGUGGUGGUGGUCGUACCCGCUUUACCUAAAAGUGCUGCUGUUGAGCUCCACGUCACCGCCAUCCAGGAUGACCCCAGCCAAAGGACUUCCUGUCACAUGACCACAACGUUGCGGCACAGCCGCAUUGAGUGCCACGUUCUAACAUCUGCCGACCGAAGCGCCGCCUCGCUGUCCCUACGCUUGGCGGUGAUCGAUCCUGCGGUCACCGAGGACGCGCGGGAGGUCACGGCUGCGAUCUGCUCGGCGUUUGAAAAAGCCCUGGAGAAGACGGAGGCUGAGCUGGUGCCGCUGUGCGCCCGGGUGUUCUACAAGUGCCAUCAUAUGCUGGCGAAGCAAGUCACUGAAGGACUUGAAGAUUCUUUGAAAAAUCUCCUGGGGGACUCCAGUCCUUCCGUGGCUCUGGUUCCAGUCCUGGCCUUGCCCGGUUCCAACAUCCUCCACCUGUCCUGUUGGCUGAGCUUCUAGAACAAACCCUUGGGCCAUGCACAAUACCGGAGUUUGGCUAUCAGGUUUUGUUGAUGGAUUUACACAAGUAUGGGAUUGGUGUUAAGGUCUUGAAAUACUGUUGGCCCAGAAGUAUUGGAGCAGUGACUGAGUUUUAAGGUUGUUUGCCUUCAUACUUUGGAAUCAAACUACAGGGUCAACAUGACCCGAUUAUGGGCGGAAUAUUCACUAAUAUACUUGCCAGAAUUACGAAUAUGAACAUUUUUAAAGUUGAUUGCCUUUCCUAUGUGAUACAUUCUCCCCCUUGCUCUCCUCUCUCUUCUUUUUGUCAUUGUAAAUAUUUUUUUGGAUGAAAAAAAACCCAAAGUAUUUUGUUUGUCAUUACUCUGUGAAUAACAGAUCUUCUACAUUUUGUGCCUUGGUUCUAAAACCCAACACCUGACAGACUCGGCCCCUGUAAUGCCUCUCCCCCUAAUGCACUGUACCAGCUUCACUUUCCAGCACCCUGAAAGCCAGGAUUGAAUAUACCGUCAAUUCCCGAACUACAGAGCGCACCUGGUUAUAAGCCUCACCCGGUACAUUUGUCAAGGAAAUACCAUUUGGUACCUACGUACGUACGCACGCCGCAACUGUGUAAAAGCCGCAAGUGCCCACAUUGAAACCCACAUUUUAACACGAGAUAUUUACAAAGAAACACGGUACACAGAGUUUAACGCUAGCGGCAAUGUGCUAACGCUAGCACUGCGCUAACAGUGCCAGUUAAAAAAAAAAACAUACCGGUAAAAAUCACUGAGACACGGCAGUAACACGCGACCGCAGCGCUAACAGGGCCGGACCGGUAAAAGUCACUUCCCCGCCACAUAUAUUCCACCAGUCUCAGUCUUACCUUUUCUGCUCGAGUGGCCCCUUGCGGCCAUUAGAAAAAAAUGCCCAAAUUAGCCGCAUCACUGGAUAAGCAGCAGAGUUGAAUGCGUGUGAAAAACGUCGUGGGUUAUAGGCCGGAAAUUGCAGUACAAAUUUGGAUAAUAGUGUUGGGAACAUGAUUGUUGAUUUGUGUAAAAUAAAAUAUAGCAUAACCACAUUUUUCACUUGUAUCAUGUUUCGUCCUGUAAGCAAAAGAAGGGCUUUUUUGUAAUAACUUUAUGUUCAAACCAGUGGGAAAAGGCACCAGGCUAGUACCUGUUCGUUAUCUUAGCAACCAAUGGCGAAUGUGGACACGCUUGCACCAGGGCCCACAUCGUCCUUUUGCCGCCCUGUGGUGGACGCCACAAAAAUCCAAUGUAGUGCGCAAACGGCUUUGUAACCUACUUUUGAUGGUUUUCAAUCACCAAAUUCUCUUGAGGAACCUGUCUUCUGUUUUUUUGGGUGAAAAACAACAAUUUGUUAUUAUUGUGCUCAGGACAAAGCAAAACAGUAUUGCUUCGACGCCAUCCGGUGGAAACUUGUUGACAAAAAAAAAAAACAUUUGAAGUGCGUUAAGGAGCUUCAAUUAGACAAAAGUAUCUCUUUGCUUCCAUCUGUGGCAAUUAAUACAACAAUUUACUUUAACUAAAAUUGCAGAGAUGGCCAAAAAUGGCUAUAUCGAAAAUGUAGUCGGAUCAAAUAAAGGCUUUUUGGCCAUUCCGGAACAAAUCCCAGCGCGAAAGACGAAGGUUCUACCAAAGGAAUCCUCUAUGACAGGGGUUUCAAACUCAUUUUUCCCGCGGGGCACAUUGUGGUUCCGGUUUCCCUCAGAGCACCGUUAUGUAUGUGAAACAAUACAAAUAUGUAAUCGUCUCAUCGUAUUUACAUCAUCAAUUUAUGGUCUCCUUUUGGAAUCAGAAAUCAACGCUGAUGUGUGUUUCAACCGUUCGUGUUUGGUAACACAAAAAUGCUUGUAAUAGCUCAACUUGAUCAUUUAUGAUGCGUGACAAUUUGACAUGUUUGUGCAGAAUUUUACGAGAAUAAUUGAAAUUGACACUCUCGAUUUGGCUUCGCGGGCCACAUGACAUCAUGAGGUGGGCCCUCAGGCUUUAACUUUGACACCAGUGCUCUAUGACUUUGUUCACUUAGCACACUUGCUAGCUAACACCUAUAAACCCAUAUACUGUAGACGUCGUAAAGCAACAGAUUUACUUUGCGUUCUACCAGCUUGUGUCUGUCGGGGUGAGUGUGUGUCUCCCUCUCGUGCUCCGCGGGACUGGAGGUGUGUUAUUAUUGUGUAAUAGGCAAUCAGCAGCAGGCACCCGAAAAGAUUAAGCCUCUUUAUGUUUUCCAUUGAUUCUAAGGCGGCCUGGUUAAUAGGAGAGGGACUUCAGCUCACACUGCUGCAGGCAAGGAAUUAAGCCCGUGUGUGUCUGUGUGUACGUGCGUGCAGAGAAAAUAACACUAUUAACGCUCCUGGAACAUUUCUUUUCUCAAAGAUCAUGAACCGUAUUGAUGAACCCGAGUUGGAAUUCAUCUUCACUCCGCCAAUUCUAUCCCCGACGCGCCCGAGACGGCGGCGGGAAUCGGGCCCGCGUAUCGAUCCUGGACCCCGCCUCGCCGUUGUUUUGAUUGUCGCGAUCAAAAAUUGAACAAUGGAGGCAGCCAACGGAGCCUGGAGAUUUUUCUUUUAUUGCGGGUUGAACAACGCAAACAAGCAAUUCUUUAUGAGCGAGCGAGGGUAAUGUUCUAUGAGCGUGUAGCUGUUUAUUAUUAAAGGGGUGUGUGUCUAGAAAUAGAUUUUCUUAUUAUUGAUACGACCAUCAAAUCAUCCUUUCAUCAUCUACACAAACUCGAUCAAUGUGGACAAUCUCAGGAUGUUACAAUUUCUUAAUGGGAUUUAGAAUGGAUUAUUUUUUUUUUUUUUUAAAUUUCAGUAAAAUUAUGACGGUGGAGUUUGUUGCUCGUUUCUAUGCAUUUAUUAUCGCUAUCCAACGUUAUCGUUCGUAAACUCGCUGGCCAGCGUACUGAGGACAAAUGAUUGUUUCCACAUUUGUCGCCAUGAUGGACGGUGUCUAAAGUUUGACUUGGCUAUCAAUGAUUAGUAUUAUCGAGUUAGCAUAAGCUGUUUUUUUUUUUUGGGGGGGGGUGUAGCAUCAUCAGGUUAGAAUUAUUUAGUUAUUGUCACCUGGUUAUGAUUAAUAUCAGCCAGUUCGUGUCAUCUAGUUUGCAUGAAUGAUUCAAAUCAUAUGGUUAGCAUCACUAAUUAGCAUGAUCCGGUUAGCAUUAGCCAGUCUGUGUCAUCUGGUUAACAAUUAUUAGGUGUUGUUGAUGGGAUUUACAAUACAAAGUUUAAAAAAAAAAAAAAGCUUUUAUUGAAAAUGAUGAUGGCAAUGGAUGUCCCUUCAUUCUUUUGCUCCAACUCGAUAUUCGGUCAAAAAACACGCUUUUAUCGUCACUAUGAACAGUCUCGGAGCUUCUUUGAGUUGUCUGUGGGAUUUACGAAGUUAACCCUUUGAAAGAAAACGUUGAUGGCAGUGGAGUUGAGUAUUUAUCGAUAUGCGUUCAUUCUUGUUAUCCUGUCAUUUUGGAUGCAUGUACUGUUAAAUAUGAUAUUGUCUUCUAAUAUUACAUUAAUAAACUCUGGAACCUGUAA